AUGCUCCUGGACUCCGGUUCGGAACUCUCGUUCAUCUCUGAAAGGUUAGUUUCUCUCCUUCAACUAUGUAAGAGACCACCUCAGUUACCCCUCCUGGGCAUCGGAGGGCGGAGUUCAGGACGGACGCGAGGAGUGGUAUCCAUCAACCUACGGGCUCUCCAGUCGGACAAUUCACUCCCCGUCGAGGCCCACGUUCUGCCUCGGGUCACCGCCACGCUUCCGUCGGUACAAGCCUCCUCAACCCGGUUACCUCAUCUUUCAGGAUUGCAACUUUCUGAUCCGGACUUCCUCAUUCCCGGUCCCAUCGAUAUCAUCCUGGGAGCCGAUGUGUUCGGCCGGCUCCUCUUGCCGGAAAUGGUCAAGGCUGACCAGACCUCGCCGAUCGCCCUCGCUACAAUCUUCGGAUGGGUAGUUCUCGGACCCCUCGUCGCCGGACCGCCUCACGGAGAGAAGGUAGCUCUCCACGGAGCAGCUGAUCAUGAGCUCCACGAACUCCUCACUAAAUUUUGGAUGCAAGAAGAGGUUCCUUCGAAACCCUCGCUAGCCCUCACUCCGGAAGAGCAAGAAUGCGAGGCACACUUCUCUCGCACCCAUUCUCGAGACUCCUCCGGUCGCUACGUGGUGCGACUCCCUCUCCUGGGACCUCGGACUAACCUCGGGGACUCUUACGAGACGGCUCUUCGAGGCCUUAGACGGAUUCAACGGCGCUGCACGGCCAAUCAGGCGUACGGACGCCUCUACAAGGAGUUUCUGCAGGAGUACGAAGACCUCGGACAUAUGCAACCAGCCUCGGAAUCCUCCUUGGGCACCUCCACGAUCUUUUACCUCCCACAUCACGGGGUUUUAACCUCUAAGGGUUCGCAGCCGAAACUGAGGGUCGUAUUCAACGGCUCCAGUGCCACCUCAUCCGGGACUUCUCUCAACGACCUCAUGCAUACAGGUGCGAAACUGCAAUUAGAUAUUUCGGACGUCCUCUUGCGGUUUAGACGAUUCCGGUAUGUGUUCACCACGGACAUCGUAAAGAUGUUUCGGCAGGUCGCUGUACAUCCAGCUGAUUGGGACCUUCAACGUAUCCUCUGGUCGGACCCUCAAGGGAAGACGGUCAGCUACCAAUUGACCACGGUCACCUACGGUACGCGAUCAGCUCCUUUCUUGGCGGCAAGGGCGCUGCUGCAACUCGUGCACGAUGAAGGUCACCGGCACCCCCUCGCUGUGCCUCCACUUCUCAAGGGCCGCUAUGUGGAUGACAUUCUCGGAGGAGGCGACACAGCCAAGGAAGCCGAGGAAGUCGCGGUUCAGCUGACUCAGCUCUGCAGGGCGGGCGGGUUUCCUCUUCAAAAAUGGUCCAGCAAUUGUCCAGAGCUCCUCAAGGUUAUCUCCGGAGACGGCUACACCUCAAGCUCGACCAUGGAUUUCUCCGAUCUCCCCACAAGGAUUCUGGGCUUAUCUUGGCAACCUCUAGCGGAUCACUUCUGGUUUUCCGCUGCACGCACCUUUCGAGAUGCAGUGACGAAACGAACCAUCCUCUCGGAAGUCGCACGUCUGUUUGAUCCGCUCGGAUUCCUCGCACCCCUCACGAUACGAGCGAAGAUUCUCCUCCAGGAGCUGUGGCUUGAACAGCUUGGAUGGGACGAACCACUUCCUCCCUCCACAGCUCUCCGCUGGACAACAUUCAGAACAGAACUACAGGACCUCUCGGACCUCCACAUUCCUCGGUGGCUCAAUCUCACCCCGGAGGGUCGAGUUGAGAUUCACGGAUUCUCGGACGCCUCACAACAUGCGCUGGCUGCAGUUGUAUACCUUCGGAUUUCGUCCUCCACAUCGUCGUCAACUCUGUCGCUAGUCUGCGCCAAGACCAAGGUGGCGCCCCUCAAGAGACUUACCAUCCCUCGGUUAGAGUUGACGGCCGCUCUCCUGCUCGCAAGGCUCGCACAGUAUGUACGGAAUACCCUCGAGCUUUCCUCGGCACCGGUGCACCUCUGGAUGGACUCUGCUGUCGCGCUGACUUGGAUCAGUCAUCAUCCCUCGAGAUGGAAGGAGUUUGUGCGGAAUAGAGUCGGGGCAAUUCAAGACGCCUUACCCGGCGCUCGCUGGAAAUUCAUCUCAGGGCGCGACAACCCCGCGGACUGCGCAUCUCGAGGUCUGACACCGACCCAAUUGAAGGCUCAUACCCUCUGGUGGACUGGACCGGACUGGUUAAGGGCGCCUCCUCACGAGUGGCCGACGGGGCAAUCAACCCCUCAUCCAGACGCAGCCUUAGAAGAAAGACCUAAGGUUACCCACGUUUCCACCGUGGAACAACAUCCUUUCCUCCUGCAACUUAUUGAACGGUGCUCCUCCCUCACUCGACUCCUCAGGGUUGUUGCGACGUGCCUCAGGGCAGCCGCACGCUGCCGGCGACUACCGAACUCCUCAUUGAACAACCCUCUCUCUCCAAAGGACCUCGCACAUGCACAACUGUCCCUCACUCGAGCCACUCAAGGCUUUCAUUUCCCCUCUGAGCUACGGACUCUCCUCAAGGGUGGAACCCUCCCUCGAGCUCAUCCGCUCUCUCGAUUGACCGCCUUUGUUGACCGUGAUGGCAUCCUCCGAGUUGGCGGUCGACUUCAGCAUGCACCUCUGGACUCGGACGCACGACAUCCGGCGAUCCUUCCCCGGGAAUCAAUCUUGGCUGAUCUCCUCAUCAAGGACGCUCACCUGCGUACCCUUCACGGCGGUACCCAGGCAACGUUGGCUCACCUCAGGCGAUCGCACUGGAUUUUAGGCGGUCGGGCCCCGGUGAGGUCACACAUCCUCCGGUGCGUGAGAUGCGCACGGUUCCGGGGCCUCCGAGCAGCUCAACUAAUGGGCCAGUUACCUCCCGCACGGGUCACACCAGCCAGGGCCUUCCUCAAUACCGGAGUAGAUUACGCUGGACCGGUGCUCCUCCGCACCUGGAAGGGAAGAGGAGCGAAAACCUUCAAGGGAUGGAUUGUCCUCUUCGUCUGCUUUGCCACCUCGGCCGUCCACCUCGAGCUAGUCUCGGAUUACUCCUCAGACGGGUUCCUCGCUGCCUAUCGGAGAUUCAUCAGCCGGCGUGGCAUCUGCCAGACCUUAUUCAGCGAUUGCGGCACCAAUUUUCAAGGCGCCGACGCAGAGCUACGCCGCCUGUUCGCCUCCGCCUCGAAGGAGCUCCACGAGCUGGCCGGACGACUGGCCAACGACGGGACAAAGUGGGAGUUCAACCCUCCAGCAGCCCCUCAUUUCGGCGGGAAAUGGGAAGCCGCCGUCCCUUCCGUCAAGCAUCACCUCAGGCGAACCAUCGGAGACACGCUCCUCACGUUCGAAGAGCUCACCACCUUACUAAUCCAGGUAGAAGCUAUCCUCAAUUCUCGACCCCUCUGCCCCCUCACUGAGGAUCCUGAAGACCUCUCCGCUCUCACACCUGGACACUUCCUCAUUGGAGACGCGCUCACCUCUGUUCCGGAACCCUCUCUCACCUCCAUAGUCUCCUCUCGGUUAUCCCGCUGGCAGCUUAUCCAGCAGAAGGUGCAGCAUUUCUGGCAUCUAUGUCUCCACAAUUACCAAACCAUCUCCAAGUGGCACCAUCCCUCGCAUGAGCUCAAGGUGGGCUCUUUGGUGCUCCUCACGGAUGAGCGACUACCCCCCUCGAAGUGGCCCCUCGCCAGGAUUCUCCAGCUACACCCAGGAAAGGACGGACUCACCAGGGUGGUUACCCUCAAGACGGUCUCCUCCACUCUACAGCGGCCUAUUACGAAGCUGGCAGUACUACCAACCCACGACGACGUCCAGGCCUCCUCCCCUCAUGGUUCGACAACGGGGUCGUCGAAGGCGGGCGGGUAA